UACAAGUUUUUUUUAUUAAGAACAUGCCUACCUAUUAUUCUGAUGUUAUAUGAUGUUGAACUGUCGACCCAGAUGGGAAUGGUUCUUGUAUCAAGUCUACGACUAUAAGAUAAACCCAAGUUUAAGGACCUGGUUUUUGUUCUGUCCUGUUUAGUGGCCUUCGUAACCGCUAAUUAAUGUUUUUUUCCUUUCCCUAUCGUUCUAUAUAGAGAAAGGCGGUAAAGAAACUACCUCACUGGGAAUGUCAUCAUUACCAACUUCAGAUGGCUUUAACCAUCAAGCCCAUCCUUCAGGACAGAGACCUGAGAUUGGUAGUCCUCCAAGUCUUGCUCACUCUGUCUCUGCCUCAGUCUGCCCUUUCAAGCCCAGUGACCCAGACAGCAUUGAACCUAAAGCUGUGAAGGCUGUGAAGGCUUUGAAGGCUUCAGCUGAAUUCCAGAUAACCUUUGAAAGGAAAGAACAGCUUCCUCUCCAGGAUCCUUCUGAUUGUGCUUCUUCAGCAGACAAUGCUCCAGCAAACCAGACUCCAGCUAUCCCUUUGCAGAAUUCCCUCGAAGAAGCCAUUGUUGCAGAUAAUCUAGAGAAAUCUGCUGAAGGAAGCACCCAAGGCCUCAAAUCUCAUCUCCACACAAGACAGGAAGCUAGUUUAUCUGUCACAACUACUAGGAUGCAAGAGCCACAGAGGCUUAUAGGUGAAAAGGGUUGGCAUCCCGAAUAUCAGGACCCAAGUCAAGUGAAUGGCCUUCAGCAGCACGAAGAACCAAGGAAUGAACAGCAUGAGGUUGUACAGCAGAACGCUCCGCAUGACCCAGAACAUCUGUGUAACACAGGGGACUUGGAACUUCUUGGAGAAAGGCAACAGAAUCAACCAAAAAGUGUUGGUUUGGAAACUGCAGUGAGAGGAGACAGGCCGCAGCAGGAUGUGGACCUUCCUGGUACAGAGAAAAAUAUUCUCCCUUACGGAUGCUUUGGCUGCUCAAGUUCAGAAACAUUUAUGGAAGUAGAUACAGUUGAACAGUCCCUAGUUGCUGUGCUUAAUUCAGCAGGCGGUCAGAAUACCUCUGUCAGGAACAUCAGUGCAUCUGAUCUCACCGUAGAUAAUCCCUUAAUGGAAGUAGAAACAUCGAAAUGUAACCCUUCCUCUGAAUUUUUGAGUAAUCCCACUUCCACUCAGAAUUUACAGCUUCCAGAAAGUAGUGUUGAAAUGUCUGGAACAAAUAAAGAAUAUGGGAAUCACCCCUCCUCUUUAAGUCUCUGUGGCACUUGUCAGCCCUCUGUAGAGUCAGCAGAGGAAUCUUGCUCAUCUAUAACGGCAGCCUUGAAGGAACUUCAUGAGCUUUUGGUCAUUAGUAGUAAACCAGCGUUAGAAAAUACAUCUGAAGAAGUUACCUGUCGGUCAGAGAUAGUAACUGAGGGCCAAACAGAUGUUAAGGACCUUUCUGAAAGAUGGACCCAAAGUGAGCAUCUUACAGCUGCUCAGAAUGAGCAGUGUUCACAAGUCUCCUUCCAUCAGGCCACAUCUGUAUCAGUGAAGACAGAAGAAUUAACAGACACUUCAACUGAUGCUGGAACAGAAGAUGUAGAAAAUAUUACCUCCAGCGGUCCAGGUGAUGGCCUGUUAGUGGAUAAGGAAAAUGUCCCCAGGUCUAGGGAAUCAGUAAACGAGAGCAGUUUAGUCACUCUAGACUCAGCUAAAACGUCUAAUCAACCACACUGCACCUUAGGUGUAGAAAUUUCACCCGGACUUUUAGCAGAUGAGAAGGGUGCACUCAACCAGACUUCUGAGCAAACGGAGUCCUUGUCAUCCAGCUUCAUACUGGUUAAAGAUUUGGGUCAGGGCACACAGAAUCCAGUGACAAACAGGCCUGAGACCAGAGAAAAUGUCUGUCCUGAAGCUGCAGGGCUACGUCAAGAAUUUGAACCACCUACCAGCCAUCCAUCAUCAAGUCCUUCCUUUCUUGCACCGUUAAUUUUUCCUGCUGCAGACAUUGACCGGAUUCUUCGGGCCGGCUUUACCUUGCAGGAAGCUCUUGGGGCUUUGCAUCGAGUUGGUGGAAAUGCAGACCUUGCACUUCUUGUUUUGCUAGCAAAGAACAUUGUAGUUCCUACAUAACCAUGGAAAAGGGGUCUAGACCAUACUCCAUUCCCUUAAGAGAAAGCUCUAUAUAUUCACACACACACACACACAUGCACACGUACACACUCACCACAUAGACAGUGUAUGUAGAAACCUGCAAGCAGAAUGUUGAGCCAGAUUUUUUUUAAAGAUUUUUUUCGGCCAAAGUAAUUUAUGAUCUAUUGUCUGAUGAAUUUGUCUAUUUGUUAAAAUUUGGGCCUUUUUUAAUGUCUUGGCAGUAUGUGCACACAAAAGCUUUUUAUUAUCAUUAAGAUGAUGUCUUCUGGAAUAAAAUUGAUGGUUUUGUGUAUAGCAUAACAUUUUAGAAUGAGUGAAUGCUUUAAAGCAGAAGCCAUGAGAAAUCCCACCACCCAUGCAGCUAAAAACAGAUCGACUUCUUAUUUUGGCUGUGUCUACUAUAAGCAAAGUAUGGCUUGUUGACUCAAUUUUCAGUUUACAAACUUGAUCACAUGGUCUGGUGUUUGGAAUCAUACUUAGUGCUCUGUGUAUUAUGAUUCAUCAGUUGUAACAGAAAAUUGAAUAUUUGAAGAUUGUCUCCGAGAGUGAUAUGUUUUUAUUCAUGUGUUAGGAUUUGACAUUUCAGUGGGAUGAUUUAGGAGGGUUUAAAACCUGGGCUGCUUUUGUACAUUUACGGGCUGCUGCAUGGAAUGAGAAGUAUCUGGAGUGGGAUACUGUGAGGAAAUUAACAUUAGAGUGAAACUUGGUGCUACUCAGAUUAAAAACAAGAAAGGAAAAAUUCCAUUAGCAAAUGUCAUGGCCAUGCUUCAAGAGCUGUGAGCGAAAAAUAAGGGCCUAAACACUGGAACUGACUAGAGAUUGGGUUUAGUAGCAUCUCACUGAUCACAUCUCGACCCUUACUAACUAAUGAUGAGUUUCUGUUCAGCUACUGGGUUGCUUGCCAGCAGUUUAUUUCCUUUCUAAACUUUUCUUCUAGGAAGUUAUUCUAAAGCUCAGUCUGAGCUAUGAUCUGAGUGACCUAUUCAAGUGUGAUCCCCUUGUCCCUGCUUCAUCUUGGUGCUUGGAAUGGUCAGGCUGUUUGGUGAGUGUCUCUUCAUAGCAGUGGAAAUAGUUAUUGACGUUUCUGACUCAAGUGGCCUUGGUAGCGUUUUCCAUCCCUUUUCUUUCCUCAGGAGUUUUCUUUUUUUAAGAAAGAUUCAUCACAGUUGUGUUUACCAUGUCAAGUUAGCGUGGGGCAUAGUAUAUAGACGUAUUUAUUGUGGCCUUUUUUCUUAUGAGGACUAGCCCUUGGAAAUCACUGUCCUGUGGGCCCCACUGUGCAAUAAUUCUACUGGGUAGAUUUUAGAUACUUUUUUUUUUUUUUUUUUCCUGGAAAAUAAACUCUCUUCUGUACCUAGCAGGAAUCUGAAAUCUUGCUUUUAUUGAAAAGAAUUUUGAGAAUGAUAAUUCCCAAUUCCAGGUUUAUAGUUUGCAGUGUGUUCGAAACAGAAGUUUCAAAAGGGUGAUUUGUGAACUUUUAACGUGAAGUGAUUUUUGUCUGAAGUCUUACGCUCUUUGAAAGCUUAUUCUUUGCAUCAAAAUUCACGUCAUUGAGCACAAUCAGAAUGGAGGCUCAUAUCUCAGGAGUUUUUUAAAUUUUAACUGCCUCCCUCCCACUCUCAGCUAGCCCUGUGCCCAUUUCUGUAAGACCAGCGCCCCUUCCUUCCCUCGGGUCGCUCGCCCAGGCCGGGG